GGUGUGUAGCGAGCGCGCCGCGAUUCGUGGAUUACCUUUUCACAAACGUUAUGUCGUGCGGCGUAGGAGGGACCUGUCCUGCCCUGGCGUGUCCUGCCCUGCCCAGUACGUGGAGUGCGCGGCCGCUGGCCCACGGGCACAGGAUCCAUUUAACUAAGCAGUAGAACAGUAAAGCGAAGGAGAGAGAGAAAGGAGAGAGAAAAAAACUGAAAGAAUGGAAGUAAGAGAGAAGAGUGAUAUAUUUCGGAAAGAGUUCAGUGUAGAAGGAUAAAGGAAAGUGAGCCAAAUGCUAUGUUGAAGCGGGCGAGUGUUGAGACCGAGUGACGCAGAGUGCUUGGAACCGGACUAACAUUCACAUUAUAAAGUGUUGCAUACCUAUCUUGCAGGCUAUGAAGACCAACCACAAGAAGGCGACGAAAGAGUUUGUAGAGCAAGUUAAUGAGCUGCGACGGUCUCGGAACGUUGGGCCUCUGUCAUGGAAUACAGCUGUCAAGUUUCUUAUGGCAAGGAAAUUUGAUGUUAGCAGAGCUGUGAGUUUAUACGAGCAACACGAAAUAACCAGACACAGGGAAGGCCUCACCCAUCUCAAUCCCUCCUCAGAUCCACUUCGGACUGAGCUUACCACAGGGAAAUUUACCAUCCUACCGUGCCGAGACACUUCUGGGGCAGCCAUUGCAGUUUUUACCGCCCGGCUUCAUGACCCUCGUGCCACCACCCAGCAAACAACGCUGCAGGGAGUUGUCUACCAGUUAGACGCUGCUUUAGAGUCAAGAGAGACCCAACGAUGCGGGCUGAUUUUCAUCUAUGAUAUGAGCGAGUCUGCAUACCAAAAUUUUGACUAUCAGUUGUCACAAAAAAUUCUUACUUUAUUGAAGGGCGGAUAUCCAGCACGUUUGAAAAAGGUGCUGAUUGUAACUGCGCCAUUGUGGUUCAAGGCGCCUUUCAAAGUUCUGCGUUUGUUUGUGCGAGAGAAGUUGCGUGACCGUGUCUACACUGUCUCUCUUUCUGAGCUUGUAAAUCAUAUACCUGGGGAUUGUCUGCCAGUAGAACUGGGAGGGAACCUCAUCAUUGACCACAACGCGUGGUUGUUACGGUGCCUUGCCUCCAUGCCCAACAGGCACCCGUCCCUCUUGUGUGAGUCUGAACUCCCUCUGCCGCCCCAGUCAGCCCUCUGUUCUCCAGGCUCCCAAAAGCAUUCUACCAUGGUACCUACAGGGGACCACGAUCCUAAUCUGUCAUCGCAAGAUCAGCUAUGUCCAGACUUCAGUGAUGAUGACCGGAGUUCUUGUGAGAAGAGCUUCUCCCAUGAUGAGGAUGACUUAGAAGGAGAAGCUGAUGAUCUAGACACAGAAGGAAGACUAUCUAGUCUAACGACUGUGGAAGAGAAGACAGUGAGUGAAGAUGGGAAGCAAAAGGAAGAUGAAAAUGAGCAUAGCUCAAGUUUAAAGGGAGAAUGCUCCCCAGAGCCAGAUAGACAGAAUACUGUACAUCUUAAUGGACAUGUCAUGCACGACAAGGAACGACUCAGUGGCAGGGUUUCUCCUCUUGCUCCACCAAGCAGUGGAAGCAGUGGAUUUAGCGACGAUGACAGCCUUCACUAUGAUGACGGGCGGGGGCUAUCCUUGGAGGAGUUUGUGCGUCACUUGAGAGACAAGGGACGGCAAGGGCUCUACCACGACUAUACACAGAUAAAGAGUCGACCCCCAGAUGGAACUUUUGAGAAUUCCAGGAAAAGAUGGAACCAGAUUAAAAAUAGAUACACAGACGUUCUAUGUUUUGAUCACUCACGGGUAGUUCUGAGUGCAGAGGAUGAAGAGGGACACACUGACUACAUUAAUGCUAACUAUGUUGAUGGUUACAAGCAGAAGAAUGCAUUCAUCUCUACACAAGGUCCUUUACCUGGAACGUUUGGAGACUUCUGGCGAAUGAUCUGGGAGCAAAGAGUUUGUGUUAUUGUGAUGACAACCAGAGCAGUAGAACGAGGAAGAACCAAGUGCGGGCAAUACUGGCCAGUUGAACAAGAUGGUCAGGUGUCACAUUCACAUUUUACUAUCAAGAACACCAAUGUCUAUCAGUUCAGGGAUUACACUGUGUCUGCUCUUACGAUUGUAGAUAAUAAGAGUGGUGAUGAGAGGAAGGUAGAACAUAUGCAGUUCACUUCCUGGCCAGACUAUGGUGUCCCAGACUCAGCAAUGGCCAUGCUAGAUUUCUUAGCCCAUGUUCGGGAAGCGCAAGCUCGCCUGACGACAAGCCUUGGAGAUAAAUGGACCGGGCAUCCCCUGGGACCUCCCAUUGUAGUUCACUGUUCAGCUGGCAUUGGUAGAACAGGAACCUUCUGCACCCUUGAUAUAUGCAUCCGCCGUUUAGAGGAAGUGGGAACAAUAGAGGUGAAGGGAACGGUGGAGAAAAUCCGUUCCCAGAGGGCCUACUCCAUCCAGAUGCCAGACCAGUAUGUGUUCUGCCACCUGGCUCUCUUGGAGUAUGCCUUACACAACGGCAAAUUAGUGGAAGUUGACCUCACUGGUUUUGAGGAAGAUGGCUCUGAAUCCGACUAAUUUAGACUUCUACUAUUGCAUAAGUGAAGGACAAUAAUAACUUGUUAGCCUUAUCUGUAUUGAAGUUUUUCAAGGCCACAGAAAUAUCACUUUUAAAAAAGAAAGGUGGGACCAUAUGGCUAAAUGACUACAUAUGUAUCUGGUUGUUUGGUGCAAGUGUCAAUAAGUGAGUGUUGUAUACCAGACAAGCACGGGGAGAAACUCGUCUCGUGUUCGAAGAAGUAACAGUGAAUAAGGCAUGGUGGUGUGUGUUUGCAGAAUGGAAACUGGACUGUAACUUGCCAGACAACCAGAAGCACGUUACCUCUUUGAUAGCCACUAGGUGCUCCUGAGUGCUUUUGUUUGAGUGAUUGUUAUUGAUGUAAAUCCGAAGUCUUGAGUUUUGACAUUCACUGUUUGAUGUACAGAAAA